AUUAUAUUCUAUAUCUGGCACAUCAACAUAUCCACAACACAUUAUCUUGUUCCAAGUUUCCUGGAUAAUUCUACUGACAGUUGGCGGACUUACUCGAAAGGUACAUACAAUUGAUAAUCAAGCAUCUCCACUUGAUACCAUAGUGGAUGCAUAAGCAUUUACUGGGAUCUGUAACGUCACGAAAACGAGACGAUUUUACAAUAAAAGAAGCAACCUAGGAUAGUAAUUUUCCAACAUGAGUUUGUGACAUUCUAAAGGCUUUGAAAAAGUAUUUAUGAUCGAAGAACAUGAGAUCUUUUAUCAAAAUUGCAUACAACCCUUUCGAACGUCUCUCUUGAAAAAGUUUUCUUUUCUACAUUUUCUUUUUCUUUGAAACAUUCCCUAUUUUUUCUGUCUUCAACAUAUAAUUAUAAUAGGUCUUAAUCUUUUAUUUACAGCAGCAGUUUGUUUUUUUUAAUAAUUUUUUGACAUAUCCAGUGGGAAUUGGAUACCGGUAAAGCGGUAUGGGCUCCCAAACUCAGACGCCAAAAAGAUGAAUUUUUAAGAUGAAAUUUCUCUCAAAAUGAUGUUUUAUUGCACCCGUUGUGAUACUAUGGUAUUAUUUUAUAGGCAAAUAGCAAACCAGUCUUCAUUUUCUACUUAACACUGUCGUUAAAUCAAAUCCAAAAAGCAAGACAAAAAACGAUCAAAUUCUUAGUAGUGUUGCAACCAUGUUUAUUUCAUUAGAUAAAUCAAGUUUAGCCUUGGUCAUGUGCGUGAAGAAGAAACCCAUGGACCCACUGGGGCCGUCACAGCCACCCCAGACCCCUGGUGUUUUGUUCCGGCAGUCUGGUAUCCUAAAAAAAUCCUGGACACAUCGCUGCCAGGUUCCAUUCUCCUUGGCAAUGAUUCAAUAUGGACAAGUGAAUGUUACCAUAGCCCUGGGUUAAUCCAAAUCAUGUAAGGUAAAUUGGCAGAGCAUUGGAUCCCUAAUUGGAUCUGCUUUAGCUCAGAAUGAGCAUUAAAUACUCUAGGACUCCCCAUGGAUCCUCCUGGAAAUAACACUCAGGAUAUAUAUAUCCGUUGAUAUUUGCGAGGCUAGCCAUGUAAAAUAUGCACAUAUCUCUUUUUUCAUUCUAGUGCUUUUUAUGCUAUAGCCAAAAUUACGUUUCUUUUUGUGUUAUCGUCACCAAUCUGAUAUGCUAUUUAUGUGCCAACUUAUCUCUCAGUAUUAUUUAACAGUCUUACUGACAAAAAAAGUUAAACCAAAAAAAGUGUAUUUUAAAAGUCAUCAUCAUAGACAGAGAUUCUCUUGUGUUUCAGAAAUCUCCUAUUGAAAUUGUUGUCCUGUUAAAAUUAUGCAACUUUUUUUUGGCCAAAUGUAUAAUAGAAUACAGGCACAAAAAAUACUUUAAUACAGUGGAAAAAGUACGAAUAACAAUAAAAAUAAAAAUAAUAAUGGUGAAUAUUUUUAGUUUACAGAAUAAUUGGUUUGCUUUUAGUCAGUCACUUAUAGAGAGUCUUCAUUGUAGUUGUAUUAAUUUAAGGAAAUAAUUUAACAAUAUGUAAACAAUGUGAAAAAAAUAUGUAUGCAGAAUAAUGUAGAGUGUGCUGUAAAACAGUUAUGAUGCUUAGACAGAAUGUUACUUGAAGUUGCUCUGGUUCCGGAACAGUUAUCCUGGAUUUUGAAAUAUGGACUGCAGGUUUAUUACGGCUAAUCAUCUGGGGCGUCGAGCCAACAAUGUUUUUGUACUCUUUGUUCAUUGUCAAUAGUAAAUACUAUACUAACAACAAAAGAAAGUUUACUAUGUUAAGGUUUAUUGUUGCAAAUACAUAGUAAAUAUGGAAAACUUAAGCAGAAAAUUAUCUUGUAGGACUUUAGAAGAUUAUAUAUCUUGCUCUUAAAAUAUUCAUAACAUAUUGGUAUAUAACAAAAAAGAGCAUUAUUUUGCAUAUAUUAUUGUAAAAGCUAGAAUUUUAACUUCUAACAUAUAACACAUAUGUUAAAUGUUUGGAAAUUAUAUGUUGUUUUGAAGUGCGAGGUAAGCUUCGAGGAGUAUGGGUAAUUUCUGUUUAGAGAAAUUGUUAAUUGUUGGUGGAUGUUACCAAUAAAUAUCAUAAAAACCUUGUAUACAUGUUUUGUGUACUAGAUACUUAUAUACAUGUGAAAACAGUUUUAAUAGCAUGGAAGAAACAGUAGAAGAAAUUUGGAAUAUCUUUUUCUACGUUCUGAUUGCAUUCACUGUGAUUUCAGUUUUGGUUUGUUUUAUUGCUUUCUGUCAUUCAUACAAUUGUUUUUGUGGAUGUUUUGAAAGAGUUGAAGUUUUUUGUGGUUGCUUAGAGCGAGAUACUGCAUUCCAGGAAAGUUUGGUGUGUUGUGGAUGUCGAAAUGUACCUUUGAGACAGAUGGAAGCAGGUACUGUGUUUCGAGAUUGUAAAAUAGUGCAGUAUAAUUUGGAAAAAACAGUUUGGUGUUGCAUUCGCAAAAAAAGAACAUGCCAAAACUCUGUGUGCACAAUUUGUUUGGAUGACUAUAUACCUGGUGAAAAUCUCAUCAUGUGUCCAUGCGGUCACUGCUAUCACAAAAAAUGUAUAAAAGGUUGGUUGAGAGUAAAAAAUGUCUGUCCACUGUGUAAGAUGAACGUGAAUAGAAGAAUUGCAGUAAACGAAAGGACACCGUUAUUGUAUGGUUGACCUACUGGAGCGUUUUAAUAUUUUUUGCUCCAAAGUUUGUUUAUACUGUACAUACAUACACCAAAAUAUUUUUAUACAUUAUAAUACUCAGUAUAAAAAUAACAGAGUUUUGUUAAGCAUAGUGUUUUUGAUGAAAGAUCCAUUUUUCCACAUUUUGCAGGUUUCAUAUUUUUCAUGGUCUGGCUUUUUUUAAGUUGUUUUGUGACGUUAGUAAGAAUAAAAAUCCUUAAAAAAGACUGUUGGAAAAAAAUUUGUAAAUAUUUGCGUACCCUAAAACUUUUUUCAUCUUAACUUUGCUGUAGAUUAAAAACAAGAUACAUUACAUGUGUAACCUUUCUUAUUUAUGAUAACAUUUAAAUAUUGUCAAUAUGCUGCUUUUUCCUUUUAAUUUUCAUAAUGUUGUGUCAGCAAUUUUUGUCAUCAUGGUUUUUUAUGAACUUAAAAGUUUGAAUUUCAAACUCUUAAAAUUAAUCAAAUACAUCGAAAAAUUACUAAACUUGCUUUUCCUGUGUGUGAACACGAAAAUAAAUAUUUUUUGACAUUCUGGUAUGUUUGUGAUUUGUUAUAUGAGUAAAAAGAUAUCAUUUGUCUUUUGUUGUAUCAUAACUUUUAAAUUAUGCUUUUUUCUGGUAAAGAAACAUAUUUUUAUGCACAACUUGAUUUUUGGCUUGGUUCGUGACUUGUUAAAUAAAUGCUUAAAAUUGUUACAAAAAUUUCCCUGUGGUUUCUUAGCAGAAAUUUGGAACAAUUUUAACGAUCAGCAUUUGUUCUUUUAUUUUGUUUUUUAAUGAUUAGAGUUAGGUCUUUAUAAUUAUGACAGGAUACCUAUACCCUAAAUUUGUUUUGAAAUAGUGCGAUGUUUGUAUAUUUGUAUUUUUUGUAGUAAGCAGAGUUAAAACUUUUGCACAAAAUAAAAACACUAAAAAUAAUAAUAUAUAAUUACCGUUUUAAUUUAAUGUUGAAUCUGAUUUUUUCAUAUGUAUAACAUGGAUAAAAACUCUAUUGACAACAGUAUUUACAUAUGUUAAAUAGACAUUAUAAAUAACUGUAAUAAAUAAUAAUCAUAUUAAGAAUUAUAAUAAUAUGUGCUAUGUUUAUGUUUUUUCCUAGGUUUGUGUUGACUGAAAUAUUUGUCUGAAAAAUAAUUUUACAAUUUUUGCAACCAUAGACUCUUAUAUUUUCAUAUAAUCUUGAGGAAACAAAACCCAAGGAUUUAUCUAUAAGGAAGAAACGUUUUUUGCAAGGAAUUUAUUUUGUAUAAUAACAGUCAAAAAACACAGUACCACAAAUCAAAUGAACAAAUAGUGUAAAAACAUGUAUCACUUUUUUAUCUUUUGUUGUAACAACUAAUAGAAAAAAGUCGAGGUGAAAGACUCAGUCUUUUAACAUUGUAUAAUAUAUUUUAUUUCAGUACCACUUUUACAACUUGUAUAUACAUACACAAAAAGGAUUUAGUUUUUUUAUUGUUUUUUUUCAGAGGACAAGUGGAUGUUAUGAAACAAAAUGUUUAUUUUGUUUUAAUAAAUAUGUGUUUGCUUGUGACAUUUACAAAAAUUAUAAGCCAAAGAUAGUUUACAUAGAUUUUAUGUUACUAUAAAAGUUUAUUGCUGAAAUAUUCUACUUUGUGGUAACAGAAUAGAGUAUAUAUUUCAAUAUAUUUAUAUACACCUAAAUUAAAGAUUUGAACUUACUGCAGCUAUAAAAUAAAUUAAUGACAGAAAUUUUUUGAAGGGUUUCAUUUGCAAAAUUUUGUGCAUUUGUGAGAGAAUUUAGUUUUACAAAUUGAUAGAAAUUUUCAAAAAUCAAACAAAUUAAGUUUUUUUAUGUAAGUGUUCACUAUAAACCCUUAAGAUUUAACGUAGGUAGGUUUUAACAGAGAAAUUAGUUUUGCUUAUCAGCUAAUUAAGAUUUGAACAAAAACUUUCAUCUAUUGAAAACAUUAGGUAUAUGUACUUUCAUUGGAUAAAAUUUUAUUUACUAAGAAAGUAGCUGAAAAAUGCAAAUUUUCUUACUUUAGUGUAAUUUUAACUCUCUGAAGACCAAUUAUUUCAAAUUUGAUGUGCAUUUAUUUUUGUGAAUGUUUGAUUGUUUUAAUUUAGUGUCAAUUCGCCUAUUUUGACAAAAUUUGUCUAUUUUGGCAAAAUUUGUCUAUUUUGACAAAAUUUGCCUAUUUUGACAAAAUUUGCCUAUUUUGCCAGACUUUAUUUAAAAGUAGUAGUUGUAGAUGUAGGACCAGAAAAAGAGGACGUGACUAAUAUUUGUCACUAAGAAACUUAUUGAACCAUGUUAGCAAAUGAGUGAUUGAUUUUUAAUUUCAUUCAGAGAGUAAUCAUGUAGAAAGUGAUGAUAGAUGCGGCAUCAAACCUAUAUGUUUGGGUAAUAAUUGGUGUUCUAUGUUUAAUCGUGUUAAUUUUAAUCGUGUCUUAUCAUGAUUUAAUCUUCAGUUGUACUUGUUGUAUAUCUCAAACUAUGCAGCGCAAUGAAUCAGCCAUUAUGUUUGAUGGCUGUGAAGUUAUACAAUACAAUACAAAGAAGGUGAAAUGCUUCUGUUUUAAGAGGACACUUGCCUGCAAGAAUCCUUCGUGUACAGUAUGUUUAUUAGAUUUCGUUAGUGGAGAGGAUGUAAUGUUGUGCCCUUGUGGUCAUGGUUACCAUAGAAAUUGUAUUAAGGAAUGGA